CAACGUCGUAGUCAUUAAAACUUCUUCAAUGCACAAAAAUGGUUAUGCAAUUGAAAAACUUCUUAAACGUAAAUUAUGCCGUGAAGAAUAUGAUCGUUUACUGUUUUGGUCUGGUUCAAUAUGUCAUUUGGGUACAGAGAAACCAGAAUUCAAAUAUCUUAUUAUCGGUGAAGAAUGGUUGUAUACAAUGACACAUCCAAAACGACAACUUGACAGUAGAAUACACUUUAGUGUAUGCUAAUUUCUGUGUUUUUACACUAAAACAACUAUUGUGUACAGUCGGUUUUAGGUGUUGGAUGUAUUGGAGAUUUAGCUAAAUUUUUAAGCUGUCAAAUUACACGAAAUUAUAAUCAUAUCUGUGUGGAAUUUAUUGUUAGUGUACCACAAAAGUAUCGAUAUUUUGAGGAUACUGUUAAGACGAUUGAACAAAACGUGAAAGUGAAAAAAGAAGGAAAAGGCAAAAACGGCAAGAAAUCAACCGAUGCAAAUGAUUCAAACUGCAAACAGGCUGGGGAUGCAUUACCCUCUGAUGUCAAAGAUGAGCGUCUGGAAGGUAAUAGUGAGAACUCAAACGGCAAUGAAGCUGAAGAUCGGGUGAUCAGUAUCACUCAACGACUACACAUCUAUCUAAACGACAAUGACUUCAUCGGUUUCGAAAUUCUACAAAAAGCAGUUCGUACAUGGCAUCAAUCGCAUAAAGGAUUUAAAAAUAUGAUAAAAAGUCUACUACAUUUGCAGAAUUUUCAAAUCCAUAGUGUGGGAACAGAUCCACAACCGACUUUAUCGUUAGCAUCAACUGCAUCGCUAUCAAGCACAGCGUCGACACUGAACAUUGAAGCAUUAGUGGCUAAUGCAACUCGAAGAAAUACAAUUGCCUAUUCUACAACAGCCAUGAAUGAAGAUUUACAGCAGUUGAUGAGUAUGUUUAAACCUUUUCAACAAAAUGGUAUAACAUCAACCCUUGAGGUAUCUGCGUAUCAAACGAAUAAAAUUGAUGCUAUACUGACUGAGUAUUUAAGCAAAUUUGAUCAAUGGAUCAAUAGAGCCAAAGAGAUCGAUGAGAUAUUAUCGAUUAGAAGACAAAACUGCGGUAAAUUUAAUUAUUUAUUUGAUGAACAUUUAUAUCAAUUGGAGAGUAUUUUAAGUCCAGUUUAUCAAAACUAUCCCAAAUGUUUUCCUGUCAAGAUGUGUGACAAAGCAAUAAAAGUGCUGGAAGUUUUGGUGUCACAGCUAACCUCUACUUUACCUGAACAAACAAUCUCAAAUGAAAAUCCAAUGACUCAGAUAAGUGAUGAUCUAGAAGGCAUUUUUCAGCGAAAUUUGACCACAUCACUGACACAAACAUCCAUUCGUCAACAGAUGAACCAUGUUCUACAUCUGCUGACCUCCAUCAAUUCCCUAUUAUCAUUCAUUUUACCAGUUUACAUAGAAUCGAAUGAUGAAAAGAUCAAGGAUAAAAUCUCACUGACAAUCAAUGAAAUACUUUCAAGGCGAAAACUGAAAAAAAUUAUUCUACAUCUUAUUGAACAUUUAACUGGUAUACCAUUUUUAAUAAAUGCCUUCUGUGUCGAUGUAAAUGAUCCACAGAGUUCAAUGAAGCAUAAUUGUUAUCAAAUUGAAUUGGAAGCAUGGAUCAGGGCAUAUGAAAUGAAGAGACUAGAUUUAAUCAGUAACAAUAUUGAAUGUUGCAGUGAUUGGAUAAACUAUUUCUAUGCCAGAACUUCGAAUUCACCGUCUACAAUACGAAGUAUUUUAAACAAGAAUUCUGAUAUUGGUGGUUUUGUACACAAUUUAAACUAUCAAAUAAAUUGUCUGCUGUGUGAAUUAAUCUCCAACACAUCGUCUGCAUCAGUGAAACUUAGUACGUCUACACUUAGCUCACCGAGAGAUGAUCCCUCUUCUCAUGAAGACUGGAUCCGAGAAAUCAUUCACAGUAUGCUUAUAAACUCAAAACAAUCAAUUAUGUACUUGUUGGACUGUCUCAUAGCUCAUGCAUGUACACGAUUUAAUUUAUUAUGUUCAAAAGUGUUAUUCAAUCGACCUUCUCUUACGACAACGGCUACAACUACCUCUUUGGCAGGUAUUCAUUCUACUGAUGAUCUAGAUGAGAAAGAAUCUAUUUCAACCAUUAUCAGAUCAUUAUUUAUUAUCGAUUGGUUAACUGAUCAAUAUCCUUAUUUAAUUCAGUCAGUUAAAGAAGUGAACUGCAGUGAUUUAUUUCAAAUUUUUAAUUCGAAACGAAUCCUCACACUAAUCGAUAAAUUGAAUGAACAAAAUUCAGCUAAUCUUGUACAAAUUAAAUUGAUUAAAUGUGUUCUAGCUGCAUUGGUCAGUCGAUUGCACGGGAAGCUGGGGAAGAAUGUUCGCGAUUGGACUGGCAAUUAAUUCUAAUAUUAAAAGUAUCCUUGAAUUGAAUUUUGUUAGUCCUAAUAUUAAUAAUAAUAAUUAUAAUAAUAGUAACAGCUUCCUUCUGAACAAUUUUUAUACGAUUCGCAGAAUUUUCAACGGAGUUUAUUGCAUGAUAGUUCCUCUUCGUCCAGGAUUUCUAAAUAUAACAUUUCGAUGCAAAUUUGUUCUCUGAGCUGGAUGGUCUCCAUAUUAGUUUGUUAAUUAGAUAUAUCACACAAUGAGUGAAACAGUAUUACUGUUUACUGGAUGACACAGUUUCGAACACAAUUCAUUAUUGUUCAUAAUCAUUCCAUAAAUUAUAAUCACACGAUAUGGAAACGUGAGUUUUACAGUUUUCUUUGUUCUCUCCUAUUUGUCGUCAUUGGGGUAGUAGAAUUUU